AUGAUAUUCUUAUCUGAGAAAGUUGUUCUUUAUGCCUCCAUUUCCGAGGAGUCGGGAUCUGAUUGCACCCAGGGACGGCUGUUGGUGACAACGACAGCAAGGGCUGCCAACUUCUUCCUGGCCACAAUCAGGGACAACGUGACAUACAGAGCAGUGCCCAGAUCUUUGAUCCAGAUAAACCAGGAAUUGGGGGCCUGCAUAGUCUGUACCCGUAAGAUAAAUUACUCGCAGUCUGGAGAACAUCCUAUCCAGCAGGAAGGAGAAUGGUGGACCUGGAAAUCAGAUGGAAAUUACAACGUCUCCUUUCUCUCGAGGUUGCUGGUCAGUGGUCAUCCUCCAUGGUACCCAAAGAAGCUAGAAGAAAUCCACUCUAAUUUCUGUAUGGGUGAAGUCUCUCGGAUGUCCAUGAGGGAGAAGAACUGGCCAGCCCUCCUGAUCUUGGUUGUUAUCCUGCUGACCAUUGGGGGGAACAUAUUGGUAAUUAUGGCUGUGUCCUUGGAGAAGAAGUUGCAGAAUGCUACAAACUUCUUCCUGAUGUCCUUGGCAGUGGCAGACAUGCUGGUGGGUAUCCUGGUCAUGCCCGUGUCACUCAUUACAGUCCUGUAUG